CUUGAUUUUGAGGCGAUUUGGCUUGAUAUUGAGUCACCGGAGGCGAUUUCCGGCGAGACUCCGGUGAGCCUCCGACGAGCACUUCCAGGCAGUUUUUCGCCCUUUCGUCGCUUUCAUUGCAUUCCCCUCAUCAUCCCCUACACCUCUACUUGAGUCUCCAGGUUUGAUUUUGACCUUAACUAUGUUUUUUAUGGAGAAUUGGGUGUUAGGGUGCAUGUUUAGAGAACCUCUUUGAAUCGUGAGAAUUUUGUGCAAUUGAUUGAGGGGAAUGCUUGGAUUAUGUAUGCAUUGUGUUGGGCAUUGUCCCCCUUGCUUGUUUGAGCCCUUGUGUGCAAGAAUUUUGUCAAUUCCCUGUUUACCUUAAUAGUGCACACAAGGUGUUCGAUGAAAUGCCUGUUUUCGUACCAUUUUGUGGGAGUCGGUUGGGACCCUUAAUGAUGUGCUUUGAGGGUACGUUUGGUAUGGAUGUGAACCUUGAGUUGCCUACUUUCCCAUGGAUGUGCAUCCCCAUCCCGAUUAUGCUUGCUUGAUCGAGUUUUUGACCCCCGAACUAUGGAUGAAAACAUGGUUCGGUUGUUUUCUGUUCUUAAGUGUGGGGGUGUGGUUAACAUUUUCCUUGGCUCUUUCGGUUCCACUUUGGGUUGUUCUUUUGCAGGACCAUGACGAAGCCCAACCUCCGGCACCAGUUUGUUCAAGAUUUGAGAAGGGGGCCCCACCAGGAGCGGUUUAAGAAUGUCCUGGCCUGCAAGUUUGGGCAGCAUCAUUGCUGGUCCAAGCGAGAGUUGGAGAAGCUGAACUGCUACGAGCACCUCUCCCCCGUUGUCACCAACCGCUACUGGCGGCGCCUACUCAGCAUUCGCGAGAACGUGUACCACGAGCUCGUGCUCGAGUUCUACGCCACCUUCGAGCACGCAGACACGGAGGAUUGGAAGGACGGUGAAGCCGUCAAGUUCCGGCUCGGCGGUGAACCACGAUCCAUGAGCUACAACGAGAUGGCGAACGCUCUCGGCCUCAACCUGGUCGAUGACAGAGACUACAUCACCGAGAGCACCGAACCAGCGGGGGUGGACUUCGGGACACUGUACACUAGCCUCGCUCGGCCCGGUCAGCUCCCCUUCAAGGCGAGGAAGACGAAGGCCAACACAUUGCAGCUCGAAAACCGCAUCCUCCAUCACAUGCUGGCCAAGUCUUACACUCCAGCCUCGGACAGUGCCAGCGCCAUCACCAAGAGAGCCAUGUACCUUAUCCAGUCGAUGCGCCGGAGGGAUCAUCCCCUCCACUUGGGUUCGGUGGUGGCGAGGACCUUCGACAAGAGUGCUUCUGAGCUGAAGAAACUUCACUGCACUCCCCUCAUCACCCGCCUGGCAGACUACUUCCAGAUACCCCUGCAGGGGUGCACAGAGCAGGAAGACACCAGUGUCUUUGGCCGGUUUACGAUCAAAAAAAUGCACCUGCUUCGAGAACAGCGUGGUGUUAUGUGGAUCGAGGGGUUUCCUCAACCUCAGAUCCCAGAGGCGGUCCAGCCGGAGGCUCCCGAGGGUGCGGCUGAUGAGGAGGUCCAGCCGGAGGAUGUGGAUGAUACUGAUGCCGUCCGCCCCACCACCUUCGAGUACGGGGGUGGCAGUUCCAGCUUCCCCGGCCAGGACUAUUUCACUCAGCAGUUCGAGCAGUUGCGUCUCCAGAAUCAGCAGCUCUACGACUAUCAGAUGCAAUUUCAGCAGCAGUAUUCGGCACACCAUGCCGAGUACCAGUCCCGGAUGGCUGCGUAUGAUGAGCGCCUAGACAGGAUGGAGACCCAGCAGGGGGUGACCCUGGCGCGCAUCGAGAGGGAGCAGGCCCGAGCUAGGCGCAUGCAGGAGGUCCAGGGGUAUCUGCUCCAGCUGCUACCGGCCGAGCAGCCAGUCUGGAGGACUCCCUGGGAGGACUCUCCACUUCCACCUCCACCAGCUGAUGACGAUGAUGCAUUCAUGAAUGACAUUGAUCUGGACAACCUUGGCGACGAGUACGCUGUACUUGUCGCCCCUCAGUGUGUGUUUUUGUUUUAGACUUUUUCUGUUUGCUCCAUGUGUUUGAGGAGCUUGAACUGAGUUUGCCGUGUGUUUUGUUUCUUUUUUUUUUUGUGGAUUGUUGCUUUUUGUUGAAUCAAGAUGAGUAUGAAGCAAAUAAACUUUUAUUUAACUAAAAACCAGAGGUACAGAAAAUCUUCACAAUCCCUAGCCACGCCAAGAAACUUGGCACUUUCAA